CCGAAGCCCCGCCCCCUGUGCGUGAGGAGGAGAGGGGGGCGUGUUUCCGUGUGUUCGGUGGCGGGCAUCAGUGUUUACACCCCGUCUCCACCGAGCUGAGCAAACAGCUGUGCUGCUGCAGCGUGGGGAAGGCGUGGGGGGGCAAGUGUGAGCGCUGUCCACUGCCUGGAACAGCUGCAUUUAAGGAGAUUUGUCCCGGCGGUUUGGGUUAUCAUGUGACCAAUCCGUACGUCUAUAAACCCAAACCUCCGCCUCCUCCUCCUGUAAACCCGGAGGUGUACGAACGAAGCGAUGGAUACCGUCCUGUGAUCACACACCCGAAACCCACCGUAGCGAUCUCACCGCUGCCCGUCCCCACGGUCCAGCAGCCCAUCGAGGCUUUCGGAUUCACUGAGAGACACCUACCUGUCCCAGUGGUGCUGGAGAAGACCUCUCCAGCUGCACCAGUCGUCCUUUUACCAUCCAGCGCUAGUCAGGACAUCUACCCAACUCAGUUUGCAGAAGUGGACGAGUGUGUGAUUAGUCCUGAUAUUUGUGGUCAAGGGUUUUGCUACGAUACGGCCGAGAGCUACAACUGCAUCUGCGAUGAGGGCUACAAGCUGAACGACGAGGCCACUACAUGCGUAGAUGUUGAUGAGUGUGUGGACGAUCCUCAGCUGUGUGUUAACGGUCGCUGUAAGAACACACCUGGCAGUUUCACCUGUGUGUGUAAGCUGGGCUUUAAUCUGGACGAGGAGGGAACCAGCUGCAUCGAUGUAAAUGAGUGUGAAGCUCCGUACGUGUGUCCCGAGAACAGUGUGUGUGUGAACACAGCCGGCUCGUACACGUGUCGUCAGUGCAGCAGAGGAUACACACUGGGUCAGAGCGGACAGUGUGAAGACGUAGAUGAGUGUCAGAAUGGAAGUGUGUGUCCGUCUGGUCUGUGUUAUAACACACUCGGCUCGUACAUGUGCAGCCCGUGUCCUGAAGGCUUCCAGGGCAAAGAUGGCAAGUGUGUGGAUAUCGAUGAGUGUGUGGACGGAUCCGUGUGUGUUCAUGGUCAGUGCUCCAAUCGUGAAGGUUUCUUCAUCUGCACGUGUGAUGACGGCUUCACUCCUACUCCAGACCGCAAAGCCUGCACAGACAUUGAUGAGUGCCAGGAUGAGAGUGUGUGUACGAGGGGUCACUGUGAGAACACAGAGGGAGCGUUCAUCUGUCACUGUGAGAGCGGAUUUACACUCUCAGAGUCAGGAGAGCAGUGUGAUGAUGUGGAUGAAUGUCAGGAACUGACGGGGCUGUGUGAUGGUGUCGGUCAGUGUGUUAAUAACAUUGGAUCAUACCACUGUAACUGCCCCCCGGGGUACAGGCAGGUCAACGGCACUCGCUGUCAAGACGUCGAUGAGUGUGUAGAGGAGACUCUGAAGCUGCACAGCGUGGAGUGUGUGAACACAGAGGGCUCAUUUUACUUCAUCUGUGAGCACGGAUACGCCUGGACACAGGAUCCACCCGCGUGCGAGGAUGUGGAUGAGUGCGCUCUGAACAGGAGUGUGUGUCGACACGGUGUGUGUCAGAACACUGUGGGAUCAUUUAUAUGUCAGUGUGAUCUGGGAUAUGAGGACAAACACAACGGCCAGGGCUGUGAGGACAUGAAUGAGUGUGAGCUCCUGAGUGAUGUGUGUGGUGAGGCGGUGUGUGAGAACGUACCAGGGUCUUUUGUGUGCGUGUGUCCCGAAGAGGGCUUUGAGUUCAACCAGAUGACGGCGAAGUGUUUACCUGCUGCUAAAGCCUCGUCCACAGAGAGGAAAGUGUGUUACUACAAUCUGAGCGAUGAAAAUCUGUGCGAUAACGUUCUGGCGAGCAGCGUGACCAUCGAGGAGUGCUGCUGUACGCUCGGCGCAGGAUGGGGCGACAACUGCGAGGUCUUCCCCUGUCCUGUCCAAGGCUCAGAUCAGUUCGCUCAGAUGUGUCCGGCCGGACGAGGCAGCGUUCCAAACAGAGAGGACGCCUCACCUGUUACCUACAAAGAUGCUGAUGAAUGCGACAUCUUUAAGGAGGAGAUCUGUAAGGACGGAUUCUGUCAGGACACACCAGGAGCAUUCGAGUGUUACUGUAAAGCUGGACUGUACUACGACGAGGCCAAACUGCAGUGUGUAGACACAGACGAGUGUUUAGACGAGUUGAACUGUGUGGAUGGUCAGUGUUUGAAUAAUCACGGAUCGUAUCAGUGUUUCUGUACACCCCCCGCGGUGCUCGAUGCUACCAGUAAGCGCUGUAUGUUCCCCGGGGCUGCAGAGCCCAGUGAGCAGCAGGGUGUGUUUCAGGAGAUCUGUUGGCAGAGUGUGUCUCCUACACUGACCUGCAUGAACGCGCUGAGUAACCGAGUGACCACUUACACCGAGUGCUGCUGUCUGUACGGAGAGGCCUGGGGCAUGCAGUGUGCACUGUGUCCUCUUAAACACUCCGAGGAUUAUGCCAUCAUGUGUAAUAUCCGAGGCUCCGGAUCGGUCAGACGGCCGUACGGUCAGGACGCUCUGGUCGCCGGACCCGUUCACGAGUACGAGGUCGGCCCGGAGUACGACCCACGAACUUUGAGCCCUAACCCAACCUUCUACGAGGACUACGACGAAUCUAACACGGGACGAUACGAGGCGUUUGAGGGGCUGCGGGCGGAGGAGUGCGGUGUGUUAAACGGCUGUGAGAACGGACGGUGUGUGAGGGUGCAGAAGGGAUACACCUGCGACUGUUUCGAUGGAUACACACUCGACAUGUCCCGAAUGGCCUGCGUCGAUGUAAACGAAUGCACCGAGCUCAACAAGCGAAUGUCUCUGUGCAAAAACGGGAAAUGCAUCAACACACAGGGUUCGUAUAAAUGCCAGUGUUUGCCGGGAUACACGCCGUCAGAGAGACCCAACUACUGCGUUCCCAUCGUCCCCAGCGCCAGCACCGGCACCGAGUGACCACCAGGGGAUGCCACCAUCAUAUCACACACUCACACACACACACACACACACACACACACAACAAACAUACACACAACAAACACACAUGCUCUUAUUUAAUCUACGCCCAUAUAAUCUGCACUGUAUUAUAACACACACACACACACACACACACACACACACACAAAACGACAAUAGAAUUCUACUUGAGAUGAAGAUAAAAGUUGAACACAUUUCUAAUCUUAUUGAGAGAAAAUAGAACUGUAUAAAAUUGUGUUUACUGUCUUUAUGUCUUUAUCUUCAUUUUUUUCAGUUAUUAAAUUAGAAGGAAUUUUUAUUUUAUUUUAUUUUAUUUUAUUUUUUUGAGGAGACAAACCCUACGAAGUGAACACUGGGGGAUGAAACGGCGUUCUUUACCCAGCGUGAGACUGAUACUUUAUUUUAUUUCAUAAAAUUAUAUUCCGCUGUUCGUUUUCCUCUCUCGUCCCUCCUUUCCUCUCUCUACCCACAAUCCUCUGCUUGUCUCCUCCGCGUCUCGGGUUCAUCUGGAACACGCAAAGUGCUAAUGUUACGUUUACAUCCUAAAAAGCAGCGUUUACGACGUUAUAUCUCCGUAUCACAUCGAUUCUGUGCAGGAACGUCUCACAUCCGAUCCGUCUCCUGAACGGAGUUAUCCGAAAUCCGUCCAAAACCCUGGACCUAUUUUCACAAUUUUGAAAGAGUUCUUUAUUUGUCCCUUUUGGAGAACCCUUAACGUUUCUAUGUAGAAUAUCUUCCCGUUCUUGAAACCUAAGAACCUGAAUGUUAUCCCAUAAUCCCUAAAAAAAUAUAUAUAUAGAACCUUCUAACUGUUCUUCCAUCAGAGCAGGUUCCAAGUAGAACUCCUUUAGGAGGAUAAGAACCCUCACUUAUUACGAAGAACUCCUGAAGAAUGCAGGACCCUAUAAUUUUUAGUUGUUUAUCAGAAUGGGUUCUAAGUAGAAUUCUUUUGGAAGGCCGAGGACCCUUAAUUAUCCAAAGAGUAAUGAUUUAAAUCAAACAGACCUCUAUAAUUGUCUCUCCAUCAAAGAAGGUUCCAGAUAGAACCAUUCUCAAACGAUAACAACACUUAGUUAUUACAGAGAACCUUGGAAAUGAGUGUUUAUCAGAAACAGUUCCAAGUAGAACCAUUUUAUCAGAAAGUAAGAACCUUUAAUGAAAUAGUAUAGAACUCUUAUAGCUGUUUUUCUAUCAGGCUCCAAGUAGAACCUUUUUAUCGGAAAGUAAGAAUGCUCAAUCAUCCAAAGAAGCCUUAAAUAAUAUAGAACCCUAUAACUGCUUUCAUAUCAGAGAAAGUUCCGGGUAGAACCGUUUUGGAAAGCCAACUUUCUGAAGAAUCUGGAGAGUGUGGAACCCUACAAUUGAGUGUUUAUCAGAAAUGGUUCUAAGUGAAAUUACCCUCAAUUAUCCAAAGAACCGUUAAAUGAUACAGAACUCUAUAAUUGUUUCACUAUCACAGAAGGUUCCAUGUAGAACCAUUUUGGAAACAUAACAACACUUACUUAUUACAAAAAACUCUACAAAUGAGAGUUUCUGAGAAACAGUUCCAAGUAGAACCCUUUCAUCGUAAAGAAAGAACCUUUAAUUAAAUCAUGUAGAACUCUUAUAUAACUGUUUUUCGAUCAGGUUCCAAGUAGGACCGUUUUAGAAUUCUAAGAGCCCUCACUUAAGACAGACAUCACCCUGGUUAUUUCAGUGUUCUUCGGAUCAUUAAGAUUUCUCAGGUUCCAAAAUGGAAGUCUUUCUGAUUAACACUCGGUUGUAGGGUUCUCCAGAGAAUCCUUAAAUGUUCCUGCAGAGGAAUAACCGAAGAACCCUUUAUGGUUCUAAGAGUCUAGGUAGCCUCCUCUUGAAUAGAACACUAAUUAAUAAUAUUUUGAAGAAGCCAUCGUAACAAAGUUAAGUGUGUUAAACAUUGUACUUAUUAAAAAACAAACUGUAGAUACAUCGUAACUUUCCACCAUUAAAGCCUUCAAGCUAAUAGCCUGCAAAUAGCUAAUUAGCAACGAGCAUAUGAGAUGACACAUAGUCAGUGAGAUGCUAAUGCAGUGCAUUGUGGGUAAUACACAUUCUUACCAAGAAAUUAAGAUUAAGAAGAAAGUUGUAAUUCUAAAGUUUUAGAUUUUUUAUUAACGAAUAAAGGAGAAGUUCUAGUAGGAACAUUAACUCGUGAGAAUUUUACCACAGUGACAUGAUUUUAUAAUAGUGUUUUUGUAUUAAUGAUAAAAAAAAAAUAAAGUUCUUUGUGUCUGGGACAUCGAAAAACAAAAUAUUUUCGUUUAAAAUUCCUGUUUCCGUUCCAUAUUUAUCCGCCGUUUUUCCGAGCGGGAAAACUGACCUAGAAUCGGACCGUCGUUUUUAUUUUCCAAGAUGGAGAAACUGAUUCUAGAUCCGCGGUUGAACCUCACGCUCACGUUAAACAGGGGAAAAACGCUAGCUCUGUCACAUUCGCUACUCUGAUCAUUUAGCAUUACAACAGAUAGCUAGCUAAUAACUUUAUGCAGUAAGAUUAGAUAUAGCUAGUGGGCUAGCGGUACACCGAGAGAGGCUCAUCGUUGGGUAGUUAAAUAGCUAGCUAGUAUCACUUUAUAAAAUAGAGUACAGCACAGGAGCUGAACAUCGUCUACAGAACCGAGAUCAACACUAACGUGGAACACAGCAGCAGCAGCAGCAGCACACUCUGCCACGGAGCUAGCAUAACAUUUAGUAGCUGUCAUGCCAUUUUUUUAGCUGGCUAAUCAUUGAGUAUCUGUUAUAUUUCCGUAUCCGAUUUCAACAACAAUUGUGCAAUUUUAAAAAAAUUUGGCGAACUUUAGCUAAUGAUGUGCCAAAAAAAUAAUCAUAAAUCCCACCCACUCUCAACCUCUGAAUUUCAUUGGUUGUCACACAUAACGACUCGGAAAUCGGAAGUGUCCUUUUUUUUAUUUUAGUUCUUGUUUAUAAACUGAUCAGUGUUCAAAUAAGAUUCCAAAUCUUUCUGGAAGUGGUUCCGCUUUGCAAAAUUAGCUAGUUGUAGUAACCUUAUAAAUUGGUAAAUUAGCUAGUACAGUAAUAUACUAACUUAAUACUAAUAAACUAGCCAGAUAUAGUAACAAGACUAGCCUUGCAUAUUAAUGAAUUAGCCGUAAUAGUAAAGUACAGUUACUACUGUAGCAUAGUAACCUAGUACUAGUAAAUUAACUAGCUCCAUUAGCCGCGUAAUUUAGUAAAUUAGCUAGUAGUGUAAUAUAGGAAACUAGUACUGGGAGAUUAGCAGGUAUCGAAACAGUAACCUCCUGUGGUUACUUUAAGUAGCUAGCUGUAGUAACCUUGUAUAUUAAUAUAUUAGCCAGUUAUAGUAUCCUAGUAAAUUAUCUAGCUGUAAUAAAUUAGUAUCUUAGUAGAUUAAUAAAUUAGUUAAUACAGUAAUAUAUUAAGAGAGUACCAGUACAUUAACUAGCCGUAGUAUCCUAGUAAAUUAGCUAGUCAUAGUAAAUUAGCUAGCUAUUGUAUCCUAGUAAAUUUGCUAGAUGUAGUAAAUUAGUAAAUUAGCUAGCUAUACUAAGUUAGCUCGCUAUUAUAUCCUAGUAAAUUAGCUAUCUAUAGCAAAUUAGUAAAUUAGCUAGCUAUUGCACCCUAGUAAAUUACCUAGCUAUAGUAAAUUAGCUAGCUAUUGUAACCUAGUAAAUUACCUAGCUAUAGUAUGCUAAUUAGUUAGCAUAGUAACUGAGUACUAGUGAAUUAAUUAAUGCAGAAAUAAUAACCUCCUGUGUUCAGUUAGCUAUUUAAAGUUCACCUGGCGUCUUUGUGAAACUAGAACUAAAGCUAAAACCGUUUUGACGUGUUCUACGACAAAACUGUUAGCAUAGCAGUGCCGUAGCAAACGAACCCUCGCUAGCGUGAACGUCAGGUAACUUGGGUAAAUGAGAUAAAUAUGGAACAUAGCUUUUAGCCUUUAGAUUUUUUUACUAGAAAAACUCAACUCUGUGAAAAAAAAAAUUAAGUGCCUUCAAUCGACUUUUAAUAUUUUUUUUUCUUGAACCCAAAUGAUUUUAUUCGGAGAAAAGUCUUGCCAGGUUGCAAAGCUGCUAUUAAACAGCCGUGUGGGAUUUCGUUUUUUUUGUUUGUUUGUUUGUUUCUUUCUUUCUUUUUCUUGCUUUUUUUCUUUUUGUACAUUUAAACAGAAGAGUUUUGAUAAACAGUUUGAUGUAUUUGUAAUUUGUACAUGAAUAAAUUAGCUCUUGUACGUUUCUCCGUAUGCAAAUGUAUAUGAAUAAAUCUUAAUAAAUCACCAACGGUGAUAUUUCCACA